AUGACGACUGUAAACUCAACAGUUUGCGAAACAAUGUUGACCUACUCUAAAUCAGUUGAACUACGGCUAUCCCUACUUAUCAACUGGUUCAUAAUGCUUCCAUCAUUCCCGAUAAUUGGAUACUCAUUUUUUUAUUGUUGGACUCGAAGGUUAUUCCAUAAAAAUACGCAGUUGCAAGUUAUUAUUCAUCUAGGAGGGCUACUCAUUCAUUGUUUUGGGAGGUUCUCCCUGCACACGCUGGACCUUUUCAAUUAUUUUCACCCUCACACUGAUGGCUGUGACAUUCUUCCAAAUUUCUAUAGAUGUCUCAUCUUACGAUUUUUCUACAAUUCGGGGCAGGCGCUUAUUUCGAUGACCCCGCUUUCAAUAAUCCUUGAGAGACUGAUCGCGGUUGGUUACAAUCGGGCUUAUGAGAAUUGCUCGAUAAAUUACGGGGUUCUACUGGGAGCACUUCAGAUUGCCUUAGCGAUUGCUUAUCUUACAACAAGAUAUAUUCAUGCAGCGUUUCGUCCAGCUAGUUUCACUUUUUUCUAUUGCCAGACACUCGUAUCAAGUACUAUUUCAACCAACGAGACGUAUAUUCCAUUGCUGUUAAUAAUUGUAUCACAUAUAGUUUCUAUUCUGAUAUUCAGAUGUCUUGAAAUAAAAAAUAAGAAGCUUCGAGAAGUGGUGGAUAUCAAUUUGAGCACAAGAUACACACUGGAUCAGGGAAGACGAUCUUUCAUCGCCUUGAAAUGUUUCAUUAGUUACAACUGUUUGAUGGUAUCACUGAUAACAGCGGGUCUGAUGUUCCUUCAUUUGGUUUCUUCGCAUUUUUCAAAGCCAAAUUAUAUGGCAAUUAUUGAAAUGACCCACGCAAUUCCACUAUACGGUAUGAUUGUCUGUAUCGCUGUCUACUGGAAGUUACGGACCAUCGAUGGUGAGCAGCGGAGGAACAUCACAAUGGCUCUACGAGGACAGGCCGUGCAUACUGAUUUGUAUUUUCAAAUGUUUGAGAAACAGUUGAAUUGA